AUGAAACAACACGAAAAAGCAGAGAAGCAAAUGAACAGAACACAGAUGUUGGAGCGCUUUUGUUCCGGGUCAGCCUUGUUGUUGUCUCUUUUAUGUUGUAUUGCGUGGAUUAACGUGGAACUCAGAAUACAAGAACACCAUCGACUGAUAUCACAUUCAGCAAAGUUCUGUGAUAAGAUAGAGACAGAAAUCAUACGAAAGAUGCAGAAGAAUUACGCACGUUGGCAACUUGAGAAUAUAAGGAAAAAGGAAGAUGGUAAGUUUUGCUAUGUUGGCAGUCAUCUAUUAUCGUGUUUGCCGCAGUCGGUUACACCAGUGUUCCACGCGUAUUUCUGAAUAGGUGACGCAGUAUUUAACGCUUAACAUUCUAAGAGAAAGAUUGCUCCUAAGUAAAUUGUUUUUAACACAUUUUUAAUUCAAAGAAAAAGCUUCCUCGCGAGCAAAAUUAAAUUUAGCCACGCAACUAUUAGUUAAAAUUUAUUGAUUCGGGGUUGCAGAAGUAUUUUCCUUGAUAGGUAGACUUCAAACUCCAAAUUACAAGAUUAAUAACAUUUCCAUUUCUUUGAUGCCAAUGAAUAUGAGAAACAGAGCCAAUCUUUGAUAUUUUCAGACGGACAGGAAGCUAUAUCGAGAAAGAAACGCUUUACACGGGAUGAUUUACAACAAAACUCUUCCUUAGCAUCCUCUUUGGUACAAAAGCUGAUCAAACAAGAGCUUAGUCUACUGCAAAACCAGUUCUGCGCAAAAAAUCACACACUUUGCCAAGCAGGACAAAAAGGUAACAGGGGAAGACGAGGAAGACCAGGAAAGCGAGGGAAACGGGGUUCUCCUGGAAGAACUGGUCCAGAAGGGCCACCUGGUAAAUAUGGACCUAUAGGACCGCCGGGGCCGAUGGGAAUAAAGGGGGAUGUCGGAUUACCAGGGGGCCCCGGUCCCUUGGGACCGCGAGGGCCACUGGGUGAGAAAGGAGCCACAGGUAAGCCCGGUGAGUCCCUCUCAGCGCCAUCUCUGAUUGAGCGACCCAUUGGAAUGACAGUCAAUGAAAGUCAGACAGCCAUGUUGAAAUGUAAAGUGAGUGGUAACCCAAGGCCAAAAGUCAAAUGGUCUAAGGUGAUAUCAUCGCUUCCUGUUGGACGUCACACGGUAGAGUCCAGUGGUACGCUGAUUCUAAAAGACGUUAGACCUGAGGACGACGGAGUCUACAGCUGCAGGGCAGAGAGUUUGCUGGGACAAGUGAACUCCUCAGCAAAAUUAACUGUUCAGUGUAAGUCAUUCAAUUUAAGUUUGAAAGUAAUCAAAUGAAACAGUUCAUCUGACACACUGAGAGACAUUCCUUGCGAGAAGACAACUAAAGCUUCCAAAGUUAAACUUUAAUCCUUAAAAAGAAAUUGAUUUUUUUUUUCUUAUUUGAUCCUAUAAUUAAGGCAUAAUAUUGGGUGUUACGAAACUAAACUAUAACAUAAAUUUCAGUGUCAACACUCUUUGAGAAAGGAAUUAUAUCUGCGUUUUCUUUUCCACAGUCGUCCCUAAACCUAAGUUAUCAUCAAGUCGAUUAAUGGCUGAAGAGAAACAGAACGUCACUAUUGCCUGCAAUGCUGUCGGUCAGCCGCAGCCAAGCAUCACGUGGUCUAAGGCAGCGGGUAGUUUGCCAAAAGAUAGGACUGAAGUGAAGAAUGGAAAGUUAAAAAUCUAUAGUUUGGCGAAAAAGGACAGUGGAAUAUUCAUUUGCAAGGCAAAGAAUACUUUAGGAUCAGCGACAUACACUGCUCAUCUCAUGGUAUUUACUGCUCUGAAGUUCAAAGUGCGUCCUCCUCAGGAGGUGACUCUGUAUCCUCCUCUUUAUGUGCCAUGUGCGGCCGAGAGUGACCUGAGCAAUAAAAUCACUUGGACAAAGGAUGGCAUGUCUCCUCUUCCUGUGGAGUCUAAUGUUCUACAAAAUGGAACACUGGUUAUAAACAACAUCAGGGAAUCACACCAAGGAAAUUACACCUGCAGAGCGACUAAUGCUUUGACAACAAUAGAAGCCAAAGUUAAAAUCAUCUUUCGUAAUAUUUCGUCUUGUUCUGUGAUAAGAAAAUACGUCAGUAGCGCAAACGGAAAUUACGUCAUUGAUCCAGAUGGCGAAGGGGGACUGGCACCUUUCACGGUAUAUUGUGACAUGACUGACAAGAAUGGAGUUGGCGUGACUGUUAUUAGUCACGACAGUGAAAGUAGAACACAUGUGAACGGAUGUGAGCCUAUAGGCUGUUAUUCACGAGACAUUGAUUAUACCGGAGCGAGUUUGUCUCAGCUCGCAAGUCUCACCAGUGUCUCCUCACAGUGUGAACAGUUUAUCAAGUAUGAGUGUCAUGGUUCAAUUCUAAUAAAACAGAAGGGACGUGAACAAGCAUGGUGGGUGUCACGCGACUCCGCUAAAAUGACGACCUGGGGUGGAGCAACACCUGGAAGUGGUAAGUGCGCAUGCGGGAUGACUAAUUCCUGUGCAAACCCCAGUUAUCCAUGUAAUUGUGAUAAGAAUGACGAUGUAUGGCGUGAAGACAGCGGUCUGCUCACUGAAAAGACACAUCUACCAGUCAAACAGCUCAGGUUUGGUGACACAGGUGAUGAACCAGAAGAAGGAUAUCACACUCUGGGAAAACUUAAAUGCUAUGGAAUAGCAUGA